UCCCUCCUGGCGAAUCUAUAAAUUCAGGCGGUCUUCUGUCUCGCUAAAAGUACCUAGUAAAACGGCUCAUUAGACUUCGUGAAGGAGUCGAAAAGAAUUUUGCAUGGAGCAAGAAACCGGUCUCUUCCCACCACCGCUCUGCAAAGGCGACACAAUUGCAGUCAUCUCUCCAGCCUUUCGCCCAAAUGCCCUCCUGCCAGACCACCUUGCUCGCGGGCAGCAGUUCUUGAUUGAUCAGGGCUACCAAGUCCGAAUCAUCUACACCCCAAUCGACGACCUCGACUUCGGUGCGCAGGUGCAGCAACGCUGCGAUGAAAUCCACGAGGCAUUCCGCGACCCCGCGGUGACAGCGAUCAUCUGUACGGUCGGAGGCGCCGAGUCGCACGAGCUUCUCCCCAUGCUGGACUACCCGCUCAUCCGCUCCAAUCCCAAGAUCUUCGUUGGCUUUUCGGACAUCACCUCCCUUCACUGCGGCAUCUUCACCCAAACCGGCCUCCGCACGUUUUACGGUCCCAUGGUCAUCGAUCCGUUCGGUGGCUCCGGAACGCCGAACAGCUUCACCAUCAAGGCUUUCUUCGAUGUUGUGACUGCAUCAGGACAGCAAGCUGGGGGCCCCCUCCCAAUUGCUGCGGAAUGCGACGUAGUGACGGGCGUCUUUGACGACCCGCCCGAGUCUGACGUCGCAUCGACCAUGAAGCCGAACCCCGGCUGACGCUGGCUUCGCCCGGGCUCGGCCAACGGCAGGAUCUUCGGAGGCUGUCUCGAAC